UUCCUUCCACAGAUACUUUAAAGUUGACAUUUAUUUAAUUAGUCUUGAAUUAAUUCUCUAUAACACAAUAUUAUAUUUAUAAUUAUCAAUAUUUUAUUCCAUCCAAACUGCCAUCCGAAUUGUUCUGUGUCAAUGGGUUAAACUAAGAGAAUAUAUCAUAAUUUAGGUUUAUCAUAAUAUUGGAGUGAAGUCCCUCUCGCAAAAAUUGGAGUAUCAAAUAUUUAUAAAUUUCGAUUAUUUAUAAGAUAAAGUAAUCACGUAAAAAAUAAAAAAACAUGGAUGAAAAAAAAAUAAAAAAACCUGUACCUAAACCCAGAACUCGUCGUUUAAACUGUAAAUUAAAUUGUGAUGACACAUUGAAUCUUGAAGAUACCUUACUGGCAUUUAAUGGACCAAUUGGACAGGAGCAGGCUUGGGCUGUUUGUCAUCAAACUGCUAAAUAUCUUGUUACACUUGGACCUAAUAAUUUUCAAGAAUUGACUCAUCUUAAUCAAAUUUUAUUGCACAAGGAAGGUUAUGUUGUACUGGAUUUGCCCACAAAUGUAAGCUCACAUACUCUGCCUUCAUCGGAAAGGAAGGUCAUUUUUUCCUUAGGAAUUUUGAUUUAUAACGCUCUAGACUUUCGAUUAGAUCAAAAAGAAGAGAGACGUUUGUCCUUGGAUUUGAAAGAUCUGAUUAAUUUGAUGACCUCCUGUGAUGAAGAAUAUGAACCUGAAGAACGGCAUGAAACUGACGAUGAAGGAAUAGGACGUGAUUCUGAAGCAGAAAUGGAUGAUCCACAUGAAAGUAGCUCAUAUAUUAGCAAAUCGGAUUAUUACAGUUUGAAAAAUAUUGUUCAAGUCUGUAUCAAACACGUACAGGGAACUGAAGAGCAAGCCGAUGUUCACUACAGAGCAGUCAUCCGUACAUUUGUCCAUGAAGCACUUGAAUUAACGCAAUUUCUGGAACAAGUUUCGGUCGAACGAUUUCAAGAUAACCCCAAACACUUUUCUAAACAUUUGGAGCCAAAACCGGCUGUUGCAUCUUGUCAGCAGCUAGAUACUCUUGGCUACGAUGAUUGGACUGACAUUAGGAUUUGGCGAGCGAUACAAGCACGAUUUUGGGUACAAGUAAUUGGUGAGCUACGUCGUGGAAUAAAAUUAAAAAAAGUUGAAGAGAACUUAGGAAAACGUGGCCGUGCUCACAGUAAAGGACGUGGGACUGAGUUUGAAUUGACUCCUUAUGAGAUUCUCAUGAAUGACAUUAGAGAGCGUAGAUAUAAUCUUAAAAAAACUCCAGCUCCUUCUCCACGUGUGACAAAAGAUGCACGUGCCAUAGUUCUCGAAUUUAUUCGAAGUAGACCUCCACUAAAAAAAGCAUCUGAAAGACAAUUGCCACCUAGGAGAAAACAAUCUACUAUGCGUGAAUUACUGAUGGAAAGUAUUAAAAAACCACCUAGACCUUUGAGAUCUUUUCGGGAACGUCAACUGAAUGAGAAAAAAGGUGAAGUUCCACCAGCUCAAGCUGAACAGGUACAAGAGCAGGAAUCAGCUCAGGAUGUUGCAGCUCAGUGGCGUCAUUCAGAAGGUCAAGGUUCGCAUCCAGUUCCGAAGCCCCGUCAACGGUUCAGUAAGCCUACUGAGGCUAAGGCUCGGAAUCGUAAGUGUAGGAGACGAAUUAGGGGAUCAGAUAGUGGACAGGAGGCGGUAGAAUCAAAAACUGGAGAUCAAGAUAUCAAAAAACAACAGAGAAAACUUAUUCCAGUCGAUUUUAAACUUGAUAUUGAAGAAGAUGAUGAAGAUGACGAUGAUGAAGAUGAUGAAUAUGCAGUGACUAGAUUUGACGACGAUGAUGAGCCUGCAGACAAUGAAAAUGAUAUGUAUCAAAAAUCUAAAUGGUUUGGAGGCAAACCUCAUGUUAGUGGUGACAUUGAUGAUGAGGAUGAUAAAAGUUCAGCGAAUCCUUGGAGAAAAACAGGAAAACUUCGCUUGACACAAAAUGAAUAUCAUCGAUUCUGCGACGCUCAACUGGAAUCGUAUGAUUUAGCAACACAAUGUCCAUCGAGACGGGCAUCAGCACGAAAACAUACUGGUCGUUGUAGCACAAAACCUUUGAUUGCAUUCUCCGGGACUUGUUCAGUGCCACACUCGCGGCCUCAAAGUCGUCAGCGUGCUGGAGUUAUCGGAAACGAUAUUCGAAUGAGUUUAAGUCCUAGUCCGAAUGUAAGUCCAAGUAUUAGUCCUCGUACCAGAGAAAGGAUUCUCAUGAAAUCACACACCACGGUUGAACCUGAAAGUGAUCAUCAUACACAAUCUGACAAUGAAAGGAAACCAUCCCUUGGUGACAUGUUUCUUGAUGAAAGACUUUCGUUAACUCUUGAAGAAAUAGUUCACAUCCGUAGUGUUUUAACAAAAGCCGAGUUGGAAUCAUUGCCCGUUGAGGGGAGAGUAAAAGAAGACGUUGAAAAACGUCGAGUGUGUUUCUUAUGCUUGAAAACACGCUUUGGUAUCCUCGGUCCUUGGGGACAAAGAUGUAGACUUUGUGAAAGAACUGUCUGUGUCAAGUGCUACUCAAAGAUGCGUAUCCCAACAGAACAUUUUGCCCAUGUACCUGUAGUAUUACUGUCACCUGGAUUACUUCUUUCUCCAUCGACUUCAGAACCUGAUUCCACUAAAGGCCCUUGGCCAAGACCUGGUGGCGCAGUUGGAUCUGCUCCAGCAUCACCUGCUCACCGACGUCAUGAUCCAGCCUUAAAUAACGGAACACCAUUGUCAACACCGAAUCCUGGAACGCCAGCUGACAAUCUUACUCCUGGUUCGACACCUACAUCUUUAGGUCGACGAGACGAUCUUUUAGAUAGGAGUAGGUAUCCCAAAGUUGGCGGUAGUCCAAGUCGUAUGAGUAAUAGUGCUAUCGGCAGUCUUGGUCCAGGUAUUGGAAAUGAACCUCUUGUAGCAGAGCGGCUUCGAGGCGUAUCAAUGGUUGUUUGUCAUGAUUGUCGUAUUAUGGUAAUUCAGAUUAUUAAAAGUUCACGUAGUACCCGAGCGACAAUACGCAACAAUGUUAUAUCACGUUUGACUCUCAAUCUUUCACCAGCAUAUGUUUAAAUUCAUAUUAAAUUAUUAGCUGCAUUCAAGUUUACUAAAUUCUUAGCAGAUCUGAGCAUAUCUUAUAGCAACAACUUAAAAGAAUUGUAUUAUUUUUUUUAAAAAUCUAUAAUAAAACAAUGCAAGGUAUAUUUAUUUAAGUGUGUCUAAAAUUAAUUUUUUUGGUAGAUAAAGUCAGCCCUGCUCAGAACUUAAUAAACCUGAACGCAGCCAUUAAAUUGAAGUCAUUGCUGUAGAUUAAAUAGAUAGAUGUGUUAAAUGUAGUUCGAAACAAGAGUAAGAGAGAAAAAAAGCGUGUUAAAAAAAACGAAUGAUGGCGAUAUUAUUGUAGAUAUAUAUAUAUAUUUAUCGGGGCCCAAAGUAUCAAAUAUUUAUCAGCGUGUAGUAUUUUUUCUUAAAAACAAACAAAAACUAUCGAGGAGGAUUAUUGUAUUUAGUAGACUGGAUAAUUAAUUACACAAAUGUGGUAAAUAACAUUUGUCAAAUUAUUGCCGCAAUUUGACGGUGGUAAACUCGUGGCCUAAUUGGUAUAUAGUGAAAGUGUCAAACAAAAAAAUAAUUAACGACAAAUAGAGUACAACUUGAUUAAAUAAGUCAAUUCUCAUGAUAUAUACUAUUAUUACUCGGUAUAUUAUAAAUUCAUUUUCAGGAAAAAAUGGUUGACAGUUUAUAAUAUACAAUUGACUAAUUGAGUAAAGAAAAGUAAAUAAAUAAUUAUAAAAACUAGAAGUAUAUAGAAUGCAUGUACAUAAAUGCUGGAGAAAUAAAAGAGAUUAAGUUUAAUUAAAAGUAACUCUGAGAAAAUAAGUUAACAACAAUAAAAAAAAAAGUAUUGUUGCUUAAUUUUUUGUUCUAUUAAAGAAAAUGAAACUAUAUGCUUGUGAUUAUGAUUACAAAUGCUCGACUCUUGCCAUUUACUCCAUUGACUCGGUAUCUGUAUGCAAGUAUUUAAUGUUGAUCGUUAAAAUACAUGUAAGUAAUUGAAGUAAACAUUAUCAUAUAAUGACUUAGUUUCACGCUAUGAAAACUAUUAAAUAUUAUUUUGUUUUGACGAUGUUGACAUGAUUUUGUCCAAUCAAUGUAUAACAAGCAAAUGAUUGAAAUUAGCAACCUUGUUUCCAUCAAAAUCCAGUUGAUAAUAGAUAAAUAUCAUAGUAUGCUACUGUAGUACUUUUUUUUUUUCUUCUAAAAAUACGGGCUGGCCCCCUUUACAUAUUGUUUAUUAAUUUAUAUCGCCGUUGACUGAAAAAAUUUGAGUAAAAAUUAACAGCGGGACAUCAAAGAUGAAUUCAUAUUAAUACUAAUUACAUAAAUAAAUAUAAAAAAAUCAAUUUAAUAUAUUAGUUGGUAAGAAUUAAAUUAUUAAUUAAUAAUUAAUAAUAAUUAUAGAAAAAGUGAUAUAUGAAUAUUAAAAUAUUAUUCCGUUGAAAGAUAUAACUACCAUGUAUGAUGUAUGUUCAAGUGCAAAUGACAUUUUCCUUGCUGUCUGAGACCAAUAUACGACGAUGUCACAAAUUAAUUUAAUUAAUGAGUUGAUAUGAAAUAUUUUUUAUUUGUUAUAUGAAUAAAUUUUUAAUUAAUGAUAAAAAAAAAAAAAAAGAAAAUAAAGUCAAAAGUAAUUUAAUUGUAAUCUAUAAGAAAUUAGCGGACCUUCAAUUUUAUCGCAUUUUUUAGCAUUUCAACAUUUAUAUAAAUUCUUAAAUUAAUUUUAUUACUAUUUAUUCUUUGUAUUAAUUAUUUAAAAUUAUUGCUUAUAUUUAUUAUGAUUAAAAUAGCCGAAAAUGAUCUUUUUCUCUUAAUUAUUGAAAAUCAAUUUUGAAAGCUUAUUCGAAAUUGCAUUAAUAAAAAUCAAAUUAUACAAAUUUAAUAUUUUUUCUCCUCCACAUUAAUCUUGUUACUUGACGAAAAUUGUUAGGAUUCAAAUUAUAACUUUCGGAAAACUCUGUAAUCAAUAAUAAAAAGGUACUAUAUAAUGUUAAUGUAUAAAAUGUUAAAAUUCUAAAUGCUCUCAAACAAUAAAAGUAAAUAACAAAAAUAAAAAUUACGAAAAAUCUUUGUUUGAUAAAUUCUUGAAAUUAUUGUAAUUUUUUUAAGAUAAAAUUUAUUCUGUCUUCUGAACUUGAAUAUUAAUCCGAAAAGUAUUUUAGAUUAAUUUAUUUAUAUUAUUUAUAAACAACAUUGAAAUAUUAUUGUUAUCAUUUAUAUAUUGAUUUAUGAUCCAAUGAUAAAUUUAACUAAAAAUUGCGUAAAUAAUAUUUUCUGAACAACUAUUUAAAUUUCGUACACUGUCCGCUGAAUAAUAAAAAUGCGAAAAUCUUUAUCAAGUACUAUGUUCUAUUUCAUAUGGCUCUACUGAUAUUUUAAGUGAAAUCUAUUCUGCAAUUUUUUUUUUCUUCUCGAGGAUUUUAUGAUACAAUAUGUUGUCUUUUUUAAAUUAUUUUGUUAGUAUUAUUAAUAUUAAUGUUUUUUAGAAAAAAUAUUGCAUAAGGUAAAUAAAUAAGGCUUUUUGUUUUGUGACAGAAAUUAUAAGAGCUAUCAUAACAGCAAAAAAAAAUAUACUUCCAUAAUGGUGCAUUUAUAAGAAAAGAAUAUAAACACUGAUUUUAAUUAAUAAAAUGUAUAAAAUCUAA